AUGGAGCAGUUCAAGGACCACUUCCGCAACGUCUCGCGCAUCAUGGACUGCGUGGGCUGCGACAAGUGCCGUCUCUGGGGCAAGCUCCAGGUGUCGGGUAUCGGCACUGCGCUCAAGAUUCUCUUUGCGCUCGACGACAAGGACCUGGACCCCAAGCUCAACCCCAACCUCCUGCAGCGCUCCGAGGUGGUGGCGCUGUUCAACGCCCUGCACCGCGUGAGCGAGUCGCUCAGCUCCGUCGAGGACUUUAGGCGGAUAUACGCCGCCACGCAGAUCGAGGAGGCCAAGGCCGCCGCGCAGCUCGAGCGCGACCGCCAGCGCGAGCUGGCACGGAAGGAGGCCGAGCGCCGCGCAAAGGAGUGGAACCUGUCGCCGUCCAUGACGGCCGUCGUGGCGACCGUGUUCUCGGCGCUCGAGGCCGUGCGCCGCAGCUGCCGGGGGUGUGUCGAGGUGUGUGUCCGCGCAGCGCGCGAACUCGUCAGUGGCGCAGGUGCCGGCAAGACGGAAUUGUAG